GGACUGCGGAAGCGGAAACCGUCGUCGUGUAGUCUCCUGGAAGAUUCCUGAAGAUCUGCUCAGGCUGUAGGAUCUGGUUUCUGGAAUCCUGAGACAAGUCAAUGCAGUCAGGGGGACGAGAGAGCAGCAGGAUGAACGCUCACUGAGCCAGCACUCAAAACGUUUAAAAAUACAUCUUGGACAGACUUUACAAAGAUUGCGGUGGUUUGAUUCCCCACCAACCCUACACACACCAUGACGUCCUCUAUGCUCCGCCGACAGCUGAAGAACCUGGUCCAGAACUACUCUGAGGCUGAGGUCAAGGUGAGAGAGGCGACUUCUAAUGACCCAUGGGGCCCAUCCAGCACUCAGAUGGCAGACCUCUCUGAUCUGACCUACAAUGUGGUAGCCUGCAACGAGAUCAUGACGAUGCUCUGGAGGCGUCUGAAAGACGACAAGAACUGGAGACACAUCCACAAGUCCCUGACACUGUUGGAGUACCUGUUAAAGACCGGGGACGAUCGCGUGCUUCUGCAAAUGAAAGACAACAUCUACAUCGUCAAAGCUCUCACAGAGUAUCGCUUUAUAGAAAAGGAUGGCAAAGAUCAGGGAGGUAAUGUGAGAGAGAAGGCCAAAGUCGUCCUUGUUCUUAUGGAGGAUGAUGAUAAACUGAAGGAGGAGAGAGACUUUGCCGUCAUGACCAGGGAGAAGACGUCAAAGGGUGCUGGUGCCUCAUCAGUGGCCAUAGUCAAGGAUCCCAACUACAAGCCAUGCUACGUUGCCGGGACUUCUGGGCUUCCAUCUUUAGACAACAUACCCUCUGUGGCUGACUUGACUGCUUCCUUUGCUGCUCGCAAAGAGGAGCGUAUUAAACAGGAAGCUGAGAAGAAAGACAUGGAAAGGAGGGCCAAGAUGAGUGAAGAUGAGCUGAAAUGGGAGGAUGCCGGCAAAGGCAAUGAUGCUCAAGGAGCUACUUGGGGAGGAGAGAAAUCAGUGGAGAAAGAGGAGGAGAAGGAAGAGGAGGUAGAACCAGACCCAUGGGGAUCCUCUAAUGAACCUAAAAAGGCCACAGACCCAUGGGGGGCAAAAACUGAUGAAGAUCAGUUUUCAGCACCAAAAACCAAUGAAGAUUCAUUUGAUGUGCCAAAGAAUGGAAAAGAUCCUUUUGUAGCCCCAAAAGAUGAACCAGAUCCAUUUAAUGCGUUGAAUGAUGACCCGUUCAACGCACCAAAAGAUAGUUCAGACCCUUUCAAUGCAAACAAGGAUAAGGGAGAUCCAUUUACUGCUCCAAAAGAUACCCCAAAAGUAGAUCCCUUCAACAGUGCAAAGGUUGAUCCAUUCAAUGCUCCGAAAGAGGAUCCAUUCAAUGCUCCGAAAGAUGAUCCAUUCAAUGCUCCAAAAGAUGUUCCAUUCAAUGCUCCGAAAGAUGAUCCAUUCAAUGCUCCCAAAGAGGAUCCAUUCAAUGCUCCGAAAGAUGAUCCAUUUAAUGCUCCGAAAGAGGAUCCAUUCAAUGCUCCGAAAGAUGAUCCAUUCAAUGCUCCGAAAGAGGAUCCAUUCAAUGCUCCGAAAGAUGAUCCAUUUAAUGCUCCGAAAGAUGAUCCAUUUAAUGCUCCAAAAGAUGAUCCAUUCAAUGCUCCGAAAGAUGAUCCAUUUAACGCUCUGAAAGAUGAUCCAUUCAAUGCUCCGAAAGAUGAUCCAUUUAACGCUCCAAAAGAUGAUCCAUUCAAUGCGCCGAACGAUGAUCCAUUCAAUGCUCCGAACGAUGAUCCAUUCAAUGCUCCAAAGGAUGAUCCUUUCACUGCACCUGCAUCAACACCCCCUAAAGAAGACCCAUUUUCUGCACCAGCAUCAUCUAAAGGUGACCCAUUUACUGCCUCCACAACAUCACCUAAAGAAGAUCCUUUCUCUGCACCAUCCAGAUCAACAAAAGCGGAUCCAUUUGCUUCUCCAACAACACCAUCCAAAGAGGUCCCUUUCUCUGCCCCGUCCAAGCCUACAAAAGCGGAUCCUUUUGCUUCUCCAACAACACCACACAAAGAGGAUCCUUUCUCUGCACCAUCCGAACCAACCAAAGAGUACCCUUUCGGUGCAACAACGACACCCCCUAAAGAGGACUCAUUCAGAGUGCCAUCCACUCCACCAAAAGAUGAUGCCUCAGAUCCCUUCAAUGACCCUCCAUUGAGCUCGCCCAAAGAGAGUGCAGAUGCGUGGGGAGCCCCUGCUACCUCCCCACCCUCCAGCAAGGCAGAUCCAUGGGGGGCGCCAUCUGCUCCAAAGGAAACAAAAGGCGGAGAUCCCUGGGAUGACGGAACAAGCGCCUCCUCACCAAUUGAGAAUUCCUAUGCAUUUGGAGAUGCAUCCAAACUGGAUGAUGACCCUUGGGGAGCCCCAGCUGCAGCUACAAUAAGCACAGAUGAUGCGUGGGGAUCACCCGCUCCCCCCAUGGACUCCUCCGCAUCUAGUGACCCCUUUGGAGACGGAGCUUCUAAAAAAAGCGAUCCUUGGGGUGCACCGAGCAACGCAUCUAACGGGACAGGAAAUCGAACAGCGCUGGAAGAGAACUCGUAUAGAAAGACUGCUUCGUUUCUGGGCUCUGCGGGGGCGUCGCUAGUUGACUUGGACGAUCUAUUUUCUUCUAACCCUAAACCCAACCAGAGCCCCUUCGUCAACACGCUCGUCACCCAAACACAAGUCAUCGGCGCUUUCAAAGCCAGGGGCAUGACAUCUGGCCCUGUGGUCAGGUCAGGGGCUGUUGCUGGACUGUCCCUUCCUGAAACAUCAACCCCAUACUGCAGUCCCUUCGGUCCCUCCUUUGCUCCAUCCUUUGUCGCACCUAGUCCAAAUUUUGGAGCCGCUUAUCCUGCCAGGGAAACUCCCUUAUUUCGGCCACCAUCACAUACCAUGGGAGUGUCUCAUCCUGGCUUAAAUAUGCUUGAAACAGCUCAGGUGGCUCCUCUGUGUUCAGGAACUGGAAUGGUAAAAUCACCUUCUGUGCGAGGGAGUCCACACAUGGGGCUUAACAUGAACCCCCUCUUUAGAGGAGUGGUGCAGUCUGGAUCUCUGGGGAAGCCAUUGGCAGACCCCCUCUUAUUGGGAACAGGAAUGGGUCAGUCCAGUGUCGUUGGAGGGAAUCGCCUAACAGGCAAUGCUAACAUGGGAGGAUCCACUCAAGGGGGGGGAGCCCCCUUCCAGCCACGGUUGCUCUCAGGCAGUGGGUCAGGUGAGACGGUGCACAAAAACACCAAUCCAUUCCUGUUCUGAAAAAUGUACCUCUUUCCUGUCAAGCACUGUAUUCAAUGACGUUGAAUGCAUAUGUGUAGCAACCAUUUUCCAAAAUAUAGCUCAAGGAUUUCCAAUUGCUUUCCCAUGCAUGUAACAGGCUGCCAUCAGCUACAAUUACCCUCCUGUGGGGAAUUUUCCAUCAGGAUUUUUGUCAUAACUUAAAUAUAGCAUUCCUUUCAGGGACGGUGGAGUGAAAUAUCAGGCAGCCUGGAAUUAGGAAACAUUAUUAACCCUUUUUGGUAUUUUUUUGGGAAAUGACCAGUAGCUAAAAGAAUACAACUCUAAAACAUGCAUACCACUUGUGUGACCCUUAAAUAAACCCAACAGCUCCUCCGUUAAGUCCUCCACACACUGGGGGGUUUGACACAUUGACAAUAGCUGAAAUGUGAAAUACUAGCCUGCUAAUAUUGUACAGUACUUUCUAGGGCUUUUAUUAUGAAAGGUAAGAACAAAAGGACUGGAUCAGGUAUGCACAUGAUAGGAGAAAACAAGUUUACACUUUUGGUUCAGUCAACCGAGCGUAUGUGUUGCUGUUAUAGUUUUUAUUAAUAUAGGUGCAACUCAACCUGGACUGCACAAUGUGGUUGGAUGAUUACCAUUUUUCUGGGUGCAAAAGCUCAGAAAUAUUGAGGGGUAGGGAUAGGGUGAGGGAUCCGAAACAAAAUGACAUUGCUUUUUUGUUGGGUAAUAUCGGCCUUCUGUGUAUAAAAUAGUUAUGACAAAAAACAAUAGUUUAAAACAACACUUAAACAAAAACGCCCCCAGUGUGUGAAUGCCGACUUGCUUACCCCUGAAAUCUACACUUGAUCAACUAAUGAUAGCCAUGACUUAAAUGUAAUGUAUAAAUAGGAACACACACAAAAUAUGGGUGAAACUGCAUACUUCCUUUCAUGUAAUUUAUUGGAGCAGCCAGCCGUAGUCUUUUCCAUGCUCUAGUCUGAGAAACGAGAGCACCUAAUAAUUGUUGAUGUGGAAAUACUGAAGAAUAACUGUUGAUGUGAGGGUUGACCUGUAAAACAUUGGCAGAACUGAGGUGGGAAAGAAGUCCCUCUAGGGGGCUCUCAUUAAGUGUGUAUGUGUUUGUACAAGGUGGCGUGUGUGUGACCUGCAUGAACGCAGUGUGUGUGUAUAUAUUGUUCUGUUGUAAAUAGUGCAAGUAAUCACAGAUAAACCUUGAAAUAUACUGUAUAUUAGAGUGUUACAAUCAUGCGUAACUAUUUAUUAAUCUAAUAAUUGAUUGAUUUAUGACUUAAUUAUUUAUUGAUGCAGCAAUGGCCGUCCAACAAAGUUCAGGUUAACCUCCAUUACAGUGUCAUCUUCACACGGGUUGACCUGAAGGUAUUGAUUUUAAGCGUGAUCGGCUUCAAACACUGCAUUAUCAAUCAACUCGGUAACCAAUGGUGGCUUUCUUUUCCCUGUUUAUUUUUGUAGUCGUUCUGGAUUCAUUGUGGACUUGAACAUUUCCCCACUGUACCCCCUACCAUUUUCAAGUAACAGAAAUGAAAUUACUGUAUGAUUACAAGUUGCAGUGUUGGCUGAAUAAAAACCGAAUUUGAACACA